UAUAUCACAGUUCGAGGUCUGUGCCGAUUAGUUGUAUUCUGGUGGAGUUUUGAAACCUGUGUUGCUUUGAAAUAAACAGAAGUGAUGAAAAUAUUAUUCAGGACUUCUGGAGACAGACUUAACUGAGGACGAGUGUAUGGCGCAUCUUUAAAGCACUUUCGGGUGAUGUGGCACAGACUGAGCGAGUUAUUCAAACAGAAACAAAGGUCGCUUAUUGGCCAUUGACAGCAGGAAAUAAAAAGUCAUGGGUAACUUCAAAGGACAUGCACUUCCUGGAAGCUUUUUCCUCCUCUUUGGCCUCUGGUGGUCAGUGAAAUAUCCUAUGAGAUACCUCUGCAGGAAGAAUAAGAACAUUUGUUAUCUAGCAUCGAUAUCUGGGCAUCGGCGGUUAGAUAUCAUUGAGGGCAUUGUAAAAGCUAGCUUUGCACUGAUAGGAAUGUUAGCUGAACAAUUUGUUCCCGACGGACCCCAUCUGAAGCUCUACAACUAUGAGGAACAGCAUUGGGAUCAUCUGAUGAACUGGCAGCAUGCGACUAUGUAUCUCUUCUAUGGUAUCUCGGGGAUUGUGGACGUUAUUGUCCAUUUGACACCUGCAGUGCCAUUAGCCCUGGAUAGGCUCAUGUUGGCUAUUGCAGUCUUCAUUGAAGGUUUCUUAUUUUACUAUCAUGUCCAUGGGCGUGCAAUGCUUGAUAUUCAUGUCCAUAUUCUGCUGCUGGUGGCUGUGUUUGGCGGUUCCAUUAGCAUCUUUCUUGAAGUCUUUCUCCGUGGGAAUAUCGUACUGGAGCUUUUGAGGACAAGCUUGUGUAUCCUGCAGGGCAGCUGGUUCUGGCAGAUUGGGUUUAUUCUAUACCCUCCGAACGGAAGCCCUGAAUGGGACCAAAGCAGCCACGACAAUAUGAUGUUUAUUACCAUGUGCUACUGUUGGCAUUAUGCCUUUUCGCUUCUCAUUGUGGCUAUUAGCUAUGCAAUUGUCAGUUGGGUAAUUCAUACAAAGUUAAAACGUGUUGAGCCUCUGGAAAUGGGACUGCUUAAAUCAACUGAGAAAGAUCAAGAGACUGAAGAGGAAAUGUAGCCAGAUAAAUCUUGUUAUUUGCUACUACUGUGCCUUCUUUAUUACUAGGAUUUGCCUUUUCAGAAAAUACUAAGGUAUUUGGUUGACCGCUUUCUUCUGGGUAAACCUGUGUCGAUGAUAGUUAACUUUAUGCAUGAUAAUGAAAUCUACUGUCUGUACUUUCCUGCAUUGCCCAUAAUUUCUGACAAGUCUGAUGGUGGUAUCGAGUAACUUCGCAAUAAUCAGAACUUUAUACUGGGUUCUACUCUUUGUCAGUGAUGGAAGAUGGCAGAAAUGCAUCUUUUCGUCAGAAUUUCACUUUUUGUGCUCUAAAACUUAAAACAAAGUAGGAAUUAGGUGAUUUGAGAGAGUAGAAUCUGAUUACAAUUUCAAUGAAUCUUGGAAGUCUAACCUUUCUGAAUACAGGCUGCAUUCCAGUUUAUUAAUACCAGUGACAUUCCAUGAGAAAGGGCAAACGGCUUGGAUGCUUUAGAUUGAUGUUGUUCAUUUUAGUUAACCAAAAGUACGAUUUUGCUGAUAAUAGAACAUAAAACAUGAAAGAGCUUAAAAAGUGGAAGUUACAAAAGGAAAAUUUUGAGCUGAGACUAAUAGAAAUUGGUCUGUGCCCUUGCAUGAGGCAGGCUCAGACUGAAGCAGAAAUCUGUUUCUCAUUGAUAUGAAAAGAAAGUUAAUGCCAGCUCAAGGAUUCCAACUGGUCCACUUCAAGCUUAGUCAAAGAUAAAAUGUUACCUUUCUCUAUCCCCUGUGCCUACCUUUGGAUCCUUGAAGUAUCUGCAGUAAUAUUAAUACAAAGAUUCUGUCGUGCAUGAAAAAUCACCUUUGCUUUUUAUGUUUGUAGUGAAGUCUUGAGUUCUUUACACAUAUGUUUAUGGUUAAGAGAGCAAAUAAACCUUGCAAACUAAGAUAAAUAAUCUUUUCUCUAAGUUCUACUUGAGAAACUAUUGGUUGCCUUUAGGGUAUUUUUAAGUUUAGCCACCACAAAUGUCAGUGCUUCAGCAUAUAAAUGCGAUUUCCCACAAACUCGCAAUCAUUAUAGUGGCAAUGGUGACUGAAAUGUUCCAAGAAAAUUCCCAGCUGGGUUUAUUCAAUAAUGUUUUUCUCUUGGACCAUUUUACAAAUAGAAGUGUUCUCCUGUCAUUAUACUGAGGACUGACUAAAAGGCUGUCUAAUAAUAUGAGUAUUUAGACUGCCUGAUGCAUAUUCAACUGUAGUGCCUUUUCACUACAAUGGUCCUCCACGAACUAUAACACUAACAUACUAGCUUUAAAACAUUUUUCAGGAGCAGGAAAUUAAUUGCAAACUCUGUAGUUUUCCUGAUGGUUAUUGUCUGUGCUGUGACAUCGAGGGCAUGUUAUUAGAUUGUGUAAUAUCUUGCAUCAUAUGCUUCUUCCAGUGGACAAGGCACUCAUCACAUUACUUCAAACACAGUCGAUAAGCAUGAAUCACUUUCUGGACUAACAUUUAGAUCCACCAGUUAUACCUAACAAAGGUUCACAGUUUUUCAUAAGUUAGAUGGAAAGUAUUUUGGAAAGGUUUUGGAAACCAUCAGAAACUGUUGCAGAAGUGUUUUUUUUAAGAAAGAAAGCGGAUUUGCUGUGUGGUGCAUUAUUUAUUGGGGUACAGCACGGAACAGGCCUUCCAGCCCUUCGAGCCACACUGCCUAGCUAUUCCCUUGAAUUGCUAAUCAUGGGGCAGUUUGCAAUGACCAAUUAAUCUACCAACCAGUGUGUCUUUGAAAUGUGGGAGGAAACCGGAGCACCUGGAGGAAACCCAUGCAGUGACGGGGAGAACGUACAAACUCCUUACAGGCAGCAGCGGGAAUCGAACCCUGGUCACCUGGACUGUGAAGUGUGGUGCUGGCUACUACGCUACAGUGCCACCCUGAUUUAGAUUGAGACGGAAGAAAAUUCAGUAAGAAUUCUGGUUCACACAACCCCCCCCCCCCCUCCCCAAGCGUCCGGAAUUUCUCAGUCGUUUGCCAGAAUAGGCAGCACUGUAGCUUCGAGCAGUGCUGUUACAACUCAGGGCAUCAGAGUCCGGAGUUCCAUUCCGGCACCCUCCGCAAGGAGUCUCUGUGAGUCCUCCCCGCGGAACGCACGAGUUUGUCCCCAGGGGCUCUGGGUUCCGCCACAGCCCGAAGACCUAUCGGGCUGUUGUCAGUUGUCCUGUGAUUAGGUUAGCUUUAAAUUGGGGUUGCUGGAGAUGUGCAGCUUGAGAGGUCAGAAGGGCCUCAUCCAUGCUGUACCCCUAAAUAAAUAAAAUUAAUAAUGCUGCAGUAUACUUUUACACACAAUCUUCACGUCAGCGCUACUUCAUGAUACUUUCAAUUAAGGCAAGCGAAUCCUGCUCCUUUACUGGUGUGGGUGAGUUACUGAGCCAUGGGGCUUGGAGCAGGCAGCCACUUCAGAAGCUACCUUUAUCAACGCCAGAAUCCAAAACAGCAUCCAGCCGCCAACCCACUCAUCACCGCUUUCCGAAAUCCUACCCCAUUGACAAAAUCUAGCCAGCCACAGAUAGUUAGUGAAAUAGUUAGUUUGCUCAUUCAUAAUGGGCAGAGCUGGAACAUGGAUAUGUGUUGGAGUUGGGGGGGGUUGGGGAUAAGGGAUGUGGUUGUUGCUGUGGUGGUUGUUCAGAAAAAAAGACUAAGUAAACUUGAAAGUAUUUGGAAUCCUGGAUUUAAAAAACUUUGAAUUAACUGGAAAUAUUACUGAGGAAUGUGUCUUAAUGAAACCAUAGAGCAGAUAAAAUGAACAUAAGCACUACUAUUUUGGUGGAUGGUAAUUCAUGAGAGUAAAGGUACAUCCCAUGUGUAUGUUGAUGGAAUAUAUAAUAGCAUUUUUCUCCGUUGGUUAAAAAUACUGAUGUCAUCCCUCACUCCUAGCCUGUGCUGGCCACCCCCUCAGGCAAUAUAAAUGACUCCGCCCUUACCCUAACCCUACUUUAACACCUCCACCCAUCCAACUCGGCCCUUUCUUCCAAAUCUAAUGCUCUACCUCCAAAGAAAACAGCUCUGGGCUACCCUUCUCUUCCUGUUCCCUGCCUAAUGGCUAUUAAUAUCUACAAUUUUGUCUGUUUGUCAGUCAAAUUAUCUCGAUGUGUGUUUAAAUGUUGAAAAAUUGCAGAAUUUUUGACAUUUGGCGAACUCAAAUAUUCUUAUUUUGCCUUCAGCAUUUAAGACUUUUGAGUAUUCUUCCAAUUACUUUUUUUCCAAGUCUACAUACUUACCAUUUUAAAAUCUUAAGCAUUCUAAGUUCAUAUUUAUGUAAUAUACAGGAUUUGUAAGAUCUGUACGUGAUGUGAAGUAUGCGAAAGAUUGAACAUGAAAGCUUGAAACCAUUUAAAAAUUGUAACUUUUUUUGUAGAAACAUUUUAUAAAUAAAUACCUUGAAGAUAAACUUAGAUUUUCAUUUUAUGCAUUCCUAAAUAAUAUAUAGUCUGGUAAGCAGUAUAUAUCAUGGAUGAAAUGAGUAUUUAUUUUCUAAAACUGAAAAAUAUAUGAAGUAGUUUUGUCUUUGUUAAACAAGCACAGCCAUUGAAGUUGAUUCAUUUAUUAAUUUAAGUGUUGUAUAAUUGUUUCAGUUUGCCAUUGACUAUAGUUAAAAUACAAUCUUUGUUUCUGCAAGGACCAAAAUCAAUCUUCAAACUGUCUUAAUUGGCAGAUAACUUCAAAAGAAUGUAUAUAUUUGAUUUUAAAUUGUUAUGUUUUCUAUUUAAUUUUGCUGCCUGAAGUGCUAUGACUUUCUGAAGCUUUUAAUACCUUUACUAUAUAUUGGGAAGAAUAUAUUUGUCUCAACUCAAUUGGUACUGAACUUGUUUGGUUAUAUGAAUAUGUUAAUAUAGAAGGAAAUAAAGGAAAUGAAGACUCUAGAAAUCAUUACAUAUUAAAUGCUUUGUUAAAUAAUGUUAUUGUAAUAUACAUAUAUUAAUAUGUCUAGUUUCUGAAAAUGCUAUUCUUAAAUUAAUAUUUUCAUUUCUCUAUAAAUUAUGUUCCAGCAAAAGUGAUUGAUUCAAUAUAUUAACAGGAUAAUAAAGCAAUAAUAAACUAAAACCAAAAUGGGCCUAUUUGA